AUGUAUGUUACAGAUUUAUUUCAAGGCUACCAACCGUUCCAACCUACACGGCAUACAACGAGACGACCAGACUACAACAUAUAUCCACAAGAAAACAAUAGGAGGAAAACCAAAGACGAUGAAUCCUACACAAACAACGAUAGACAGAUAAAAGAACAGACACCGAGACCCUCUCAUUCACACGAAACAUCAAGACAAACUUACAGACAGACCAAUAAAAGAAAGCAUACGACUAUAGCGCCGAUAUUGAAUUUAAACUUUUUCACGACUCCUGCAACCACAAGAAAGAAAAAUUCCAAUCGAAGAGCUUUCGAUACUAAUACGCGAAGUAGAGAAACGGAAUCAAUUGAAAACUUAUAUAAAAGAGAACAAAACUCCAAUUACGAUAAUAAAAAUCAGUUUUACGACGAAACUUUAAAUAAUAUUGUAAACGAUUAUCAAACUACAAGAGCUACGACAACUAAACGAAUCACAACAACUAAAAUUAAUCAUGGUUCUAAACGCAAUAACGCGAAUACAAGACCUAAUUACGCGACAACUAAGACUUAUUACGACGCGAAUAGACCAAGCAAUGGUGCCAAUUCUUUUUCGACGUUAAGACCUGGUGUGAGACCUGCUAAUGUUGAUUUAAGUAAACCACCAAUAACAAAUAAGCCACCAUCUCUCGCUGUAUAUCCUAGGCCAACUGAUAGUAGUGUAAUACGAUUCCCCGAAGACCCGGACACUAGUCCAGAAGUGAUUUCAGGACCGGAUGAAGAUAAAAUGAGUCAUGCUGAAAAAAGGAAAUAUAUUGAUGUGGCCGAAAAAAGUAAGUAACCUUGUAACAUAUAACGACUGGGUGAAAAAAAAGAUAAUAGAAAAAUAUUAGAUACGUAUUUUUUUUCCUUCAAUUUAACAAGAAAUAGCUUAGAAACAGGCAUUAAAGUUAGUGGGGGCUGGCUACGUCACAGUUUUGUAGAAAAUGCACAAAAGUGUGACUUCAUGUGGCAUUUUAACUCAGCAUAUCGCUGUAAUUUAAUGAUUACGAAAAAAAACGCGUUUAAAUAUUUCAACAAUCUCACUUGACGGACAAAAAAACAUUGUCGUCAUCCCAAGACUCUCGUUAAGGCGAGAUUUUACGAGAAUACCACUUUUUAAAACAGUUGUAUUCUAAGGCUAUGCUAAUAUUUACCAAAUAAAAACAUUUAUUUCAUGAAAAUUAAACAUAUAUUCGAUUGUUUUUCUAAAAACAAAAACAUACAUUUUAAUAAUACAGGAUCUAUUUUACGACUAGUAUAUUUCAUCUUAACUAUAUAAAAAAAUAAAUAUAUACAAAAAUUAGUUUUUAUGUCUUCCUCACAAAUUAAUAUCACCAAUAAUUUGUGAGGUUAAAAUGCUAUAAUAUUCUAUCGAAUUGCUAAUUGGCCUAAAACACGAGAAACGCUUUGUCUACGCCCAAAUAUCACUUUCUCGGGUCGAGUGUGAGAUAUCGUAUGGGUGCACCUGAGAAAAGUGACAAUGGGCUAGUUGAAUUUAUUUUUCCAGUAUAAAUAAAUAAGCCAUUAAUAUCUGAGAAAUAAUGUGGAAGUAACAGCAUGUCCUUACAAAUUCAAGGCACUGAGUGACGUCACACAGUGCUACGGUAGCGAAAAACUUAUGAGCGUCUGGGCAAUAUUUGUUAUAUCAUUGUUAUUUGUGUGUUUAUGUUUAUAGCUGUUAUACAGAAAAGUGUUACGUUUUACGUAACCAAUUUAAUGCCAUAUAUAUUUAAGCAACUUUUAAAACUAUAUUUUCCUUCCCUUUUUCAAGUUUUCUAAUCGUAAUAUUUUCCAAAUUAGUGUCAUAAAUUUUUAAAUAUUUAUAAGUUAAAAAAGGUUCAUAUAUUCCAAACAUAUAACAGAAACCUGUAUUUUCACGAGUUCUUCAUUCUAAGUGUUCUUUGUUUAUUGAUAUUUUGUGUUACAUUUAUUUUCAGUGUGUGACAAGUACAAAUCUUUGAAUGUAAAGAAACUAGAAGCUAUACCACUGGUCCCUUCGCCGGAGCCUGUACGACUGAACGUAUCAGUAUGUUCCCCCACCAAUGUGCCUCUAGUGGUGGGGGGGAAGGUUGUCACCAUCCAGGAAUUCCCCCAUAUGGCAUUGCUUGGUUGGACAAAGAUACAGGUGAUUUUAUUUAUUACUAUCAUCAUCAGCUCUUCUUCGUCCCCACUGCAGAGGCUCAGGCCUUCGUUAUCCCUACACGCUGGCCCAAUGUGGAUAGCAUUAACGACAAAUGCAGCUGGGACCAACGGCUAAACAUGUUUAACGAAGCACGGAGUGGCUUAAAUAAGUUUUUGGUCACCCACCCCGUGACUGACCCUCGCGAAAGUUGCUUAACAACAACGAUCGCGGGCGCUUAUCCACUACGCCAUCGUGCUGCUUUUUGAAAGUUUUAGAAGUUACUUUUUAUUGUAAUUAAUGUAUGUAUUUUGGUUUUAG